ACUGUUUAUUAGUGCGAGUUUAUGUAGUACUUAAGCACUGUGAAAUUUAAUAUCCCCCCUGGUCUUUGGUAAAUGGUUGGCUCCAAUAGGGGAGGAGCCAACAGUAUAAAAGAGUGGCUGAAUAUUCAUUCAGGGUUCAUUCAGUUGUGGUGCCACGAACAAAUCAAAUAAUGUUUUGCUGUGUGAAACCGGGUAUUGUGGAUACGUGUUUACAGUUUUUUGUUUAUUUUAUUUAUUUUGUUUAGUUAAGAUAUUUUUGCCGGUGGAAGAGUUGAUCAUUUUUGUACAGUUUGGGACUCGCUUGUAAAUAAGGUUCACCUCUAUAUAAAUAAACCAUCAUUUUGCACCAUAGUGCAUUUGCGAGUUGGGCCAUCAUUUUUAUUUUUUCCAUCUUGGACCAUACCACGUCCAGGAAGUGGGCCACCAAAACCCACUUCCCUACAGUUUGGUGUCAGAAGUGGGAUGGCCACUCGUAAAAAGACACAGAGAGGGCGGAAACCACGUUCACAAGGGAGCCAGAGCACAAUGGAUCCGGAACUGGAUUUACUGGGUGAAUCGGAGGGUGAGGAGACAGAGGAAUAUCCAAGAGCCAGUUCACCUCAGCCCAGCACUGUCACAACGAGGGGGACGAUGGUGGCGUUAAUGCGGGAAUUCCUUGGUGCUCAACAACAGAGGGAGGAGAGAUAUCUGUCUGAACUCCGAGGAAUACGUGAAUCCAUGCAGCAGACGGUUCAGGCAGCGGCUACACGAAGCAGUGCUGCGAGUCCACGAAUGGAGCUUCCGACGCCAGGCUGGUCUAGGUCACCACCACCACCACCACCAAGAUCUGAGCCACAAAUGUCAGUCUUCCAAGCUGGCGAGGAUAUGGAAAACUUUCUACGCCGCUUUGAGCGUCUGGCACGGACGUGGAGAUGGCCUGAGGAGGAGUGGAGCUGUAGGCUGGUGCCAUUGCUAACAGGCAGAGCGUUGGAGGCCUAUCUGGCUAUGGAUGAGGAGCAAGCCGAGGUGUAUGAUGAGCUGCGGGAGGCUCUCCUUGAAAAAUGUUAUAUCUCACCGGAGACGUAUCGGCAGAGCUUCCGGGCUUCGGCAGUACCGGCGGGAGAAUCCCCAACUGAGACGUAUCACCGGCUUCAGAACUUGUACCGUCGGUGGGUUCGACCAGAGCAGUCCACGAAGGAGGGGAUUGGAGAAUUGAUUAUCCUCGAACAACUGUUGCGAGUGUUGCCAUAUGACAGCCGCAUGUGGGUUAAGGAGCACGAGCCUACCAGCGGACUGGCAGCAGCAAGGUUGGCGCAGCAAUAUGGAAAUGCUCAUCGGGGAAGUCAACGGUCUCAACCACCACGAGGUAACGCUAAAACCACUUCACAAAGACAGUAUAUGGAUACAAUUGAAUCAAAAACAGGCACAGACAAGGAAUUAAUUGUUAUUACUGUCAACAGCCAGGGCACAAAGCCACUGUGUGUCCCAUCCGUAAAGCUAAACUCACGGGUUACUGCUAUGUUCCUAGAGAGGAGGACACUGAGGAUAUAAAUGUGUGUGACUCUCAGAACAUAAUGACUGUGACUGUUGAU